CGUCCACUGGGAGCCCUCGAGUCAUCUACUCUCUCAGUGCUGUAACAGCCGCUAGCGCCCUGGUCUACUUCUUUCUGUGUCUAGACCUUCGCCUAGACCGGGCCGGGUGUGCUGUUGGUGCCGCGGCGGCGGCGGUGGUGGUGGUGGUCGCCCAUGAGAAAUUCCCAAAGUAAACACAAAAGAAAUCCCGACCCCUUCUCGUCCUCGUCCUCGCCGUAUUUUCUCUCAACACCACCACCAUCACCUCCUCUUCCUCCGGCGCCGUGUUACCAGACAGCUGCAUUCCCUCCAAACCCGCCGUUGCCUACUAGCUCACAGGGCAAAUCUCACGACAACAAGUCAACUAUUCCGUCUCGGUCCCUUCCCCCGCGUUCGGACCAAUUAGAGCACCGGCAAAAAGGCGCAAAGGCCGAAGCGGAAGGACACCAAGUUCCGCCCAGGGACCCGAGCAAUCAGCAAAGCCUCUCGAUACCGCCUAUCCUCCCUCACUCUUGCUCGCUUUGACGCCCAAGUCAGGUCCUUGCCCUGCUCUUUUUCCUGUGGUUUCCGGCGUUUGUUUGUUUCCUGCAUUUGUUGCUUGUGAGUCUUU